UAUUUUUUUUUAAACGGUCAAAAUUGUGUUAGUUAUUAUUUGUGUGCCACUAGGGGGCAGCAGAAUGAGAUGCGAACAUGAUAUUGAUAUAUAUAAUUAAAGGGUGGUGGUCUGCAGGUCUGCAGGAGGAGAGGCGGUGCUCUGCCGCUCUGCUGCCGCUCUGCUGCCGCCUGCUGGUCGACAUGUUCCCGGGUAAAAAGGGGGCUGGACGACCCAGACUACCAGCAGGACAACAUGUCCAGUGUCUCAGUGUAAAGUCCGUCUGUCCAUCGGAGUGACCGCCUGUUUGAGCUCCGAGCGGCCGAGCAGCGGCAGGAUGGAGCGGAGCGGCGGAGGCGAAGAGAGCGGCGCGUCUCAACAAGCGAACUCGACGCGGAGACAGUUUCAAACCAAAACCAGCAAACUGAGCCCGAAGCUGAGCUCCAGAGAGCCGGAGGACAGGAAGGAGAGAGGCAUGUGGAUGUUCAAGAAGAUGAAACGGAAGGAGAACGUCGUCCUGGACCGAGUCAUCUCCUCCUCUCAGCCGGACCUCCUCUUCUCCUCUCAGGAAGCGGAGGCGGCGGAGGACGCGGCGGAGGACGCGGCGGAGGCGGCGAAGCUCUGCGGCAAAGGGGCCACCGGGAGCGGCCACCGGGAGAAGCUCAAAUCCUCCAGCCCAAAGAAGCCCACCGUGGCUCACCUGGUGCAGUCCCACCACAAGAGCUCCUCUCUCGGGUCUGCGUGCCUGGAGAGGCUGGCAGAGCCGCCGCGACGCAGCAGCGGCAGCAGCGGUGGAGGAGCAGGCGAAGCGGCAACAGCUGCCGCAGCAGCGGAGAGACAGCUGGAGAGCAGAGAUGAGCAGCAGCAGGGUAUGGCGGCUCCGUGCUCGUCGGGGGUCACGCCUGAGCGAGCCGUCCCCAGCUCGGGGAUGUACAAGCUGGAGAUUGAGCUGAGGAGAGGACACAAUCUGGCCGUCAGGGACAGAGGAGGCAGCAGUGAUCCGUACGUGAAGUUCAAGCUCGCUGGUAAAGAGGUGUUCAGAAGCAAAACCAUCCACAAGAACCUGAACCCGGUGUGGGAGGAGAAGACGACGUUGAUCGUGGACUGUCUGAGUGACCCUUUGUAUGUGAAGGUGUUUGACUACGACUUCGGCCUUCAGGACGACUUCAUGGGUUCAGCUUACCUUUACCUGGAGUCUCUGGAGCAGCAGAGGACCAUACCUGUAACUCUGGUUCUGAAGGACCCUCAGCACCCGGAUCAGGACCUGGGCUCCCUGGAGCUGGCCGUCACCCUCACACCUAAAGACAGUCCCCUAGAGGAGCGACGAGACUCCACCACUAUGCUGCUCAGGAGGUCCUGGAAACGAUCCACUAAGCAGCAAUCAUUGCGUCUCUCAGAGCUUCAUCGGAAAUCGCAGCUCUGGCGAGGGAUCGUCAGCAUCGCGCUGAUCGAAGGCCGGAACCUGACCCCCAUGGACCCCAACGGUCUGAGCGACCCGUACGUCAAGUUCAGACUGGGACCUCAAAAGUACAGGAGCAAGACGAUGCCAAAGACCCUGAGUCCACAGUGGAGGGAGCAGUUUGACCUCCAUCUGUAUGAAGAGACCGGAGGAGUGUUGGAGAUCACAGUGUGGGACAGAGACACCGGGAGGAGAGACGACUUCAUCGGACGCUGCCAGUUGGACCUCUCCACUCUAUCUAAGGAACGAACUCAUCACCUGGAGCUGCCGCUGGAGGAGUCCAAGGGCUUCGUGGUGCUGCUGGUCACGCUGACCGCCUCGGCUCACGUCUCCAUCGCCGACCUGUCCGUCACGCCGCUGGACGACCCGCAUGAACGCAGCGAGAUACUGAAGCGAUACAGUGCGUUGAAGUCGUUCUCCAACCUCAGAGACGUCGGCAUCGUGCAGGUCAAGGUGAUGAGAGCCGAAGGACUCAUGGUCGCAGACGUAACCGGGAAGAGUGAUCCGUUCUGUGUGUUGGAGCUGAAUAACGACCGACUGCAGACUCACACCGUCUACAAGAACCUGAACCCAGAGUGGAACAAAGUCUUCACCUUUAACGUUAAAGACAUCCACUCGGUGUUGGAGGUGACGGUGUUUGAUGAGGACAGAGACCGGAGCGCUGACUUCCUGGGAAAAGUGGCCAUCCCUUUAUUAUAUGUCCGUAACGGAGAGCAGAAGAGUUACAUGUUGAAGAAUAAGGAGCUGACGGGGCCGACUAAAGGAGUCAUCUACCUGGAGUUCGAUGUCAUCUACAACUCUGUUAAAGCAGCGUUGAAGACGGUCGUCCCUGCAGAGCAGAAAUACAUCGAGGAAGAACCAAAAGUCUCCAAGCAGCUGCUCCAGCAGAACUUUAACCGCGUGAAGAGGUGCAUCAUGGUCCUGAUCAGCUACGGGACGUAUAUCAACAGCUGCUUUGAGUGGGAGUCUGCACAGAGGAGCAUCGUCUCCUUCCUGCUGUUUGUGGUGGUCGUUUGGAACUUCGAGCUCUACAUGUUGCCUCUGGCUCUGCUGCUGCUGCUCGUCUGGAACUACUUCUUCUCCUGCAGCAGAGAAACAGCCGACAUGUCCGUGGAGGCCAUGUUCGAAUGGGAAGAUGAAGAGGAGGAUAAAGAGGACAAGGAGUCGGAGCACAAGGGCUUCAUGGACAAACUCUACGCCAUCCAGGACGUGUUCAUCAGUGUUCAGAGCGCUCUGGAUGACGUGGCGUCGUAUGGAGAGAGGAUAAAGAACACCGUUAACUGGACAGUGCCUUUUCUCAGCUGUUUGGCGAUCGCUGCCUUGAGUUCGGCCACGGUUCUUCUCUACCUCAUCCCUCUUCGGUACCUUGUGCUGGCGUGGGGUGUGAAUAAGUUCACCAAGAAGCUGCGUGAUCCGUACAUGAUCGACAACAACGAGCUCCUGGACUUCCUGUCCAGAGUUCCCUCCGAUGUUCAAGUGAUGCAUUACCGUGAGCUGAAGGUCGACCCCGGACAGAGUCCCAACAAACGCAGGAGGACAAACCCGAGUUAGCGUCUCCCCGUCAGUCCUCUCUCUCUCUCUCUCUCCUGUAAACACUGUAAACUACCUUAUUUAUAUAUUUCUUGUAUAUUUUGAUUAUUAUGAAGAAGUUGUAACUGUUGAGUUGUCUUUUGUUUUGUUACUGUGGAAAGAUUUAUUUUAUAACUCCUGUAAAGAAAUGCUGUUAAUGUUUUUUUUUUUAUUUCUUGUAAAAACACAGAAUGAACAUAUAUAAUAAUGUAUAUUAUGAAUGCAUGUAUGCAUGUAUGAAGGCGCUGUUGCUGAUGCAUGGACUCGUUUUUUUAAAAAAUUUAUUUCAACAUGUUUAUGCCGUUUUGAGCUCGAUGUGUUGGUCGUUUCUGAUUUUACUUUAAAGAUAGAGUUGCAUGUUAUUGCUGUUCACUGUUACUUCAUGUAUGACAGUAUUUAUACACACUCAGUAAGUAAUACCUCGUAUGAACAUGUUCAAUUUACAAACUCUUCCUUUAUGUGCUCAGUAAAAUAAGGGGAUGCUACGACAGCCUAUUUGAGCCAUUAUAGGUAAAAGAAAAUAAUAAAUUACAGAGCUGGGGGAGGGGGAAUAAUAUUCAGAGAGAAAAAAAACCCAGAAAUUCUGAGAUUAAAUUCGCAAAUUUACGAGAAA